CAAACAACAGUCAACAGGAUGAGCAGCCUCAAGUGGGAACGGACCUGAAAUGGUCUUGGAGGUGCUGAUGGGACUCCAUUUUCUAAAUUGGCUUGCUACACUGAGAACAAUGAAAAGUAACUUGUUCUUUCCGUGUCUCGCCCUUAUGCUGUUGCGAGCUGCUACACAGUCCUGUCCCAGCUACUGCAGCUGUGGUGACGAUCUGGCUAACUGUAAGUCUGUGCCUUCACUACAGGCAGUAUUUUCAGAUUUACUGACGUCCAUGGCCAUGAUUCUGCUUCAGGGGGGAUCAAUCACAACGAUUGAACCAAGGGCUUUCCAGAACUUCUCCAAACUGCGCUACCUGUCCGUCACUGAUUUCAGACUCUCAAUUUCCAGCCAUGCCUUUACUCCACCAGUGGGCAACCACAGCAGACUACAGACACUGGAUCUCUCCAGAAAUAGGUUACUCAGUUGUGACAUCGAUAGCUCAGGCUUUGCAGGCCUCUUAAAUCUGACAGAGCUCAAUCUGUUCCAAAAUGUGCUUGAUGUGCUCAAUACCCUGUGGUUCUCAGAGCUGCCUUCACUUCGGAGAUUAAAUAUUCAGCUCAAUAAAAUUUCCUAUCUCCCACCACGUGUAUUUCAAACACUGAGUCUGCUGAACAAACUCAAUGCAUCCUCAAAUCUCAUCCAAUACCUAUCCACGGACACAUUCUUUGGCCUGACUGCCCUCUCCAGCUUGGAUUUAUCCAACAAUAGGCUCCUUUUCAUUUCCAAGGAUGCGUUUAAACCAUUGCAAAGGCUGAACCACCUCUUUAUAAAUGACAAUCAGCUGGUGGCAUUGGCCGAGGUGCCUGCAUCAUUGCAGAAGAUACAACUGCAAGGCAACCCCUGGGACUGCAGCUGCCAGUUGGAGAUGUUGCUCAUUUCAUGGAGGGAUGCUGUGCAGGAUCCAGGGAGCCUGGUCUGUGGGAGCCCAGAGUCAGUGAAAGGAAAACUCAUCCUGAAUCCAGGUUACAGUUAUUGCUCAUCCACGUCCCCGGUACUAGAAACCCCAGCCUUGCACAUCGUUCCUGUCCUUAAUGCUCAAGCUGCGGUUUAUGGAUUUAUUGGGGGGGUUUUACUGGCGGGUGCCAUCUGUCUAGCUGCCUGCCUGGGUAGAAGAUCCUGGCGAACGGGAACCAUGAGGAGUCUCAAGAUUCACAACAAUGAGGCAAAAGGGAAAUUAGAAACAAGAAGAUCAAAUGAAGCACUGAUAGAAUUGGAUGCCAGCAAGCUGAAGGGUGUUUCCAUGAUUACUUCACAUCAGACUAUCAAUGUGUUGCAAAACACUAAGGAUAACCAAGUAGAACAAAGGGAUGAACUCUUAAAGACUUCUACAGAAUCAUGGACUGCCAGGAAGAGGGAAAAUAACAUAGAGAAGAGCAAGAGAAUGCAACCUUGUAAAACAGCACCCAGUUCUCUUUAUGCAGCUAAUAUUGCACACACAAAAAAUGAAAGGACUGCAAGUCUAAACAGUGAGGUCAUCAAUGAAGGAAAAACAGGAAGCCAGGAAAGCACUGAAAGAGAGAAAAAAUCAAUAUGUUCAGCCACCAGCAGCUCAUUUCACAACCUGCAGUUAACAAAAAAAGACGAACUGAUCUCUUUAAGAACCCUUCAAUCACUGAAUGUUAAGACAGCCCCUAAUACCAUCUCAGCAUCUGUGCAAGAUUUGCCCAGCAUGUGCAAGGAAAUGUCUAAUGUGGCAGUUCCACAUUUACUGCCUGGGGAUAUUCAAACUCACAUGAGAUUACAAACUUUUUUGCAAAGUAACUCUAAAUGCAAACCUCAAGAGAAAUUACAGGAUAAUAUUCCAUGCAAAACUAAUGUGUCAGAGGAAGAGGGAACAACUUUUCAAGCAUCCAAGUCUUCAAAUGAACCUAAAAUUGAUACCUUGCAGUUAUUGGAGAUGGAUGGAAAACUCAAAGAUAAACUGCCUGACCAUCGAGAGAUAUUAUCCAGAAACAUUCAGAAUGUUCCAAACAUUAGUCUGCAGCCUCCCACCUGUCUAACAGCUAGUUAUCAUGCAUUUUCUGAAACUUCACAUCAGCAGGCUAGUCAUCAUUAUGAUCAACUAAGAUCGAACGCCUCUCAAAAUCCCAGUUUACAUGAUCAUAGUGAAAGCUCUCAGUUCACAAAUCAACCCAAGCCAGUCCCUGAUGCAGACUUCAGUGAAUCUGCUAAGAUGGCAAAGAGUAAUAUAUCAUUUAUCAUCGCAGCAAAUGCCACCCCACUCGAUGAGCAAGAACUUACAAGACACCAUUCUCCUUGCAAGCAAAAGUUUAAUGAAAUAGAAACACUUUGCAGAGAUGAUCCAGCUUUCAGUGGUAACAGUCAGUUGUUUGAUGGAGACAGACUUCAGUUAAAUAAUAACCUCCCAAAAGAAUCUAUAUUAUUAGGAAGUAGUUCUGCUGGAAUGGUAUAUAAUGAUAUAGCAGCCAGCAAUGUUAUAGAAGAUAAAGUGAGCCAAUCUGGAUCAGCUAGUACAUCUUUCAGCAGGUCAUUUGCAUGGAGUGUACAAAGUCAACAGAAUUGGAGUCAAAGUACCACAACAGUUGAUUCAGCUUCAGAACGUUCUGAAAUAAACCACUCACAAAAGUUCACUUCAAACACCAGUACACCUAAACAAUCAAGCACCAGAAUAACAGACAAGGAGAAUAAUCUGGAUGUGGAGAAAUGGACUAAUAGAUCUGUGACAUCCUUCCAAAAAAAAAGAUUUUCCAGAAACAUAGCCUCAAUAGAUGGGAAAUCCAACUUGGAGCCAGAGGGAUACAUUCAAUGUCCAGUCAUUAGACAUUCACAGAAAUUAUUGAAUAAGAAUGAUGCAAGAGAAAGGACAGACUCUGAUCGUUAUAAAGAACAUUUUGGCAAUACAAACUAUUCCAAGAAAAUGUAUAAAUCAGUUUUUAAAUUAAUCGAUGAAACACAAUUUCCACCUUCAUUAGCAAAAGUUCAGAAUAAAGCAUUGCAAGAUGAACCACUUUUUGACAUGGAGGUGAGCAGGGGUAAGUCUCAUCUCCACAAUGUUUUGUUUCCACUCACCACAGUCAAAAAUAUUAAAUCUGUACAGCAAUUUGAAUCUUCUGGUCCCGCACUUGAAUUGACUCACUUAAGUUCAUUGUAUAGUCGGUGGUAUUAUAAAAGAGAAUUUGGAUAUAAACUUGGGAAACAAAUUCAAACUGUUGUACCUGAAGGACUUGAUUUAAACCCAAUACCACAUUUUCACCGUGAAAAGAGCUUUAGCAGACCAGCUGACAAUCAGACAUGCACUGAGCAUGAGGAAGUCACUGAUAUCGGAGACUGGAAGGAUGUCCAUUCACCCAAGCUUCAUCCACCCAUGCAAAAAGAGCUUUUAGCUGAUGAUGAAUUAACAGUUAUUAACUUAUUUCAUAAUCUCACGCAAACAGCAUUUUUUUGAAUAAAAGUCACAAAU